AUGACCGUCAUCGCAGUCGGGCAGCCCCUGAACCAUGCGGUUUUGGAGCUGGCUAGCCAUCGACGGGCGUCGUGGCCAAAAGGAAAACGCCGGAAGAAGUCCAAAGCAGUGCGCUGGUCUUUGCGCUGGACCCCGCGCUGGCGCGUGUUUCGACAGACCGUAGGACCACCUGCGCUCGCGACCUCUCAGGAUGCUUUUACCGGGCAGAAUCUGCGGGAGCGGGUUCGCUUGCCCAUAGGCUUAGAGGCAGGUCCAGCAUUGAUGCUCUACAAGGCUCAAUGUGAGGCGUUGACCUCCUUUGGUGCCCUGGUUUUGGGUGCUGGCCAUGGACAGCGCUCUGGAACCGUGUGCAUCCGAGAGGCUCCGUCAGAAGAGUUCUUUCAUGCGAAGAUGCCCUUGCCGGGAGCGUGGCUGUGCAUGCCAUCCAGUCAACCAGUUAUUGCUGAGGAAGCGGGUUGCUCUGCAUGCAGUGUCAUUGUCGUCACAUCUCAAGACGAGUUUGACGAGACCUCCUACACAGAUCCCGAAGUCGACGUCUCUACUUUGGGCAAUGGCCGGAAAUCGGCUACACAUGCACUUUUGAGGAGUUUGUUGGAAGAGUCGGCGAAGGGAUCGUUGGUGACGGUGGUCGCGAUUCUGAUCUUAGAUUUCCAAGCUGAUGCAGGCGAAGGUCAUUUCCAACUGCAAUCAGCCUCAGAACUUCCGACCGAGGGUCCGGCAGUGUUUGAGGUGAAUGUCCAGGGCUUCGGAAAGGUUGAGGCGUUGCGAGGUGACUUUGAACAGCUUCUUGUUGCAGGUGCUGGCGAGCUGCAAGCGGACCUCGCCCUGUGCACGUCCGUCAGGCAUGAUAUGCUCACGCUGUUGCAUGGCAUCCAUGCGCGAAGUCAUAUGGCCAUGUGCUAUGACUAUCAGGUGCCUUACGGCCCAUGGGGCGUGCGAGAGGCGGAGGCCUUGCGCUACGAGAGCCACCUGCGACUCCUUGGGAAAACCGUGUUGCUCUGUACCUCCAGGCAUUUGGCGGAGUACGUGAAGCGCUGGUCCAAGGGCACUGUAGAGACGCGGCUUUGUUACUGUGCAGACUAUGGUUACUUUGAUCGUUUUCUCGCUGCUCCUCCAGCUCGAGGCCGCUGUGUGACCUUCAUCAGUCCUUGUCCGGCCAAAGGCCUUUGCAUUUUCCUACGCGUGGCCAAGAGCCUGCCCUCGCUGCACUUCUUGGCCGUGCCGACGCAGUGGACCAAGUCCAUCCAUUUGACGGCCCUACGGGACGUGGCCAACGUCGAGAUCAUGGAGGGUCACCAUGUCGUUGAAGAUGUCUAUGCGCGAACCGCGGUUUUGUUGGUGCCAUCUCUUUGGUCGGAGGCCUUUGGCUUAGUAGCCAUGGAAGCACAGCUUCGUGGCAUUCCUGUGGUCAGCAGUGAUCACUAUGGACUGCGCGAGGCCAACAUGUGCGAAGAUCUCCGCGUCCCCAAGGUGCCCCUAGUCCAGGACAUGAGGAUGCGGACUCUACACCGUGGGCAGACCAUUGAGGAGUUAGAGGAAGCUUUGCCUCCAAUGAGACAGGAGCCCAGGUUCACCGAGGAAGAGCUCUUGCGGAACUUGGCACAGACGCACCUCUACAUUGCCACUCCCCAGGAGGCUGCAGGCUUUACCUCCCGUGUCGAGCGCUUGAUGACGGAGAAGUCCUGGAGAAGAGAGAAGGGCAAAGAGGCCAGGCAACGUGCAGAGGCCUUUGUGCAAAGUCGUGGGACGCCUCAGAGCGUUGGGGAGGUUGACUUUCUGACGUUGCAGGUCUUCUUUUGGGUCCUCAUGGUAGCAGUGGCCGAUGAGAGCCUGGAGGCGCAAAAGCUCCACAAUUUGGCCCGGAAGGCCUGCGAGGAGGCUGGUCAAGGCACGCAGACGCAGGCUGCCGUGGACUCCGCCAUGAGCGCCGCCGCCACCGUGGCCCCCGAUGGCUUCCGGAUUUGUGAGCUUCUGAUGCGCUUCAACCCCAAGCAGUUGCGGCAAGAGUUUAAGCAGCUGUAUUUGGACCGCCUACACCGCCUGGCCGGAAGACGAGACGAAGGAUCCCCUGAGGCUCCUUCCCGACGGUCCUUGAGCUCGAGGAGUCGACUGUUGGCAGAGAGAGUUCACCAGAAGAUGCAGGAGGAGGCUGGAUCCCGUCGACAUGUGGACUUGCUAUGGUGGCGACAGCAUCAGGUUGAAACCCAGAGACAGAGGAUGCGAGAGGAAAAGGACGCACAAGAGGCGGAGCAGUGCCCCUUCGCGCCCUGCCUGGUGAAUCGACGGACGCGCUCCGUGCAUGGUGGCCUUCGGCUCUAUGAGCAAGCGACGGCUCGACAAAUGAGUCGCGAGGAGACCUGGACAGCUCAAGCGCAGCAGCGGCAAGAGCGGGAGAUGGCUGUGGGGAGGCUCAAGAAGCCUCGUUGGACCGGGUCCGAUCAUCCCGGACUCAUCCGGGCUACGGCGAACAGCGCCCAUCGCCUCGGACGUGCUGCCGUUGGACGAGCCUGGGGCCGUUGGACUAGACGGGAGGACGGAGAUCUGCAGUGGUUUGUGAUGGUUUGUGUCGUUGUGGUGGAUCUCUCAGAAACUCGCACCCUCCACUUACGGGGUCAAGGUUUAAGGAUGGGCAGCCAUUCAUGUAAGAUGACCCCGGCUUGCUGUUUCAUGUAUAUACAGAGUUUUGCUAUUGCAGCUGUAUUGAAUCAAGCGAUUUGUCCUUGGCAGUGGAACAAAUUUCUGGCCUAUCAGCAGACAGACAUCAAGAGAUGUCGAAACUCUUCAGUGGUAGUUUGCUUCAAUCUUCAAAAAGCCUCACUGUCGAGAUAG